ACGCAGUCGAUAGGGACCCCUGGACAGAGAAGAAGAAAUAACAAUUAGUAACAAUUAGUAAACUCCUUCAGAGUGGAUGGCGAAAUGCGAGGUAUUCGAAUAAACAUGGGAUUUUAUACACUGUACAGCUGCAAUUGAAUGGGAGCACAUUUUACUGCAGUCACCAAUUAUCGUAAGUCCGGUUCUGACAAUGAGUUCUUCAAUUACAAAUCACAAUUUAGUAUCAUGUUGCUCGCAUUAGUUGAUGGAGAUUAGUGGCAUGUUCAAUAACAGCAAACUCUACCAAAUGGUAAGGGACAAUUCCUUAAGGUCGCCAGCGUCAAUCGAACUUCCGGGACGACAAGUCAAGGUGCCUUAUUUUAUUGCGGCAGACAGUGCUUUUGCACUUCAAGAAAAUAUAAUGAAGCCGUACGGAGGAAAGCAUCGCAAAAGCUCGUGUAAACGAGUUUUCAAUUACCGACUGAGCAGAGCUCGUAGGGUGGUUGAAAAUGCUUUUGGUAUUAUAAGUUCGGUAUUUGGGGUUUUAAGAAAACCAUUACUAUUAGAACCGGAAAAAGCCCAAAUAGUUGUCACAACAAUUCUUUGUUUACACAAUUAUCUGCGACAACAUUCAAAAACUUUGUAUACACCUCACGGAGCUGUAGACUAUGAAGAUGAAAAUGGAAAACAAAUGGAUGGUUCAUGGAGAAAUGACCCAGACAAAAUGAAUUCUAUGCUUUCACUACAGAGGAAACCCAGAAGAUCUGCAACUGCAUUGGAAAAAAUUCGUGAUGAACUCGCAGAUUACUACUCUCACGAGGGGGCUUUUCCGUGGCAAAAUAAAUACGCAUGAAAUUUAUAUUUAUAUAAACGUACUAGCUGCGUUACCCGGCUCUGCCCGGGAAUUUCAAUACAGAUCGCGGUCCGGGAUCUCCGCCGCGAUUGAUGUAGCCAAUCAAUAGAAAAUUGACUACACACCUAUUUGUCGCCCGAUCAUAGCGGCGACGUUUGGAGAGUGUUCAACGGCGUUCUCGUAAA